UUGAAGAUUUGAUCACAGCGCAAUACGCACGCUCAUACUAACGAUCCGAGGUGGAUACAAUAACUUAUCACAGAGUUUCUGUAUUCGAAAUUAUAGUGAAUGUUCGUGUUCAACAGCUUGUACACUUUUAUUAUCUAUCUUGGAUAUUAAAAAAAAGAAGACAAAUCGUUUCUUUAUCGACCAGCGUUAUGGAUGUUUCCAAAGGUGUCUUGGUUUUCACUCUAGUCUGCACGUUGCGACCUAUGCUGUCCAUUCAGAUAUGUGACAUCAUGCUGGAGAUGGACAAGGAGAGAGAGACGUGCAUGGCCCAGUUAGAAAACAUGACAACAGGUUGCAGUGGGACGUGGGACAAAGUGGCCUGCUGGCCCAGCGCCAAUACAGGACAGGUGGUCACCAUCCCCUGCCCUGUCUACUUCUUAUACUUGACCAACGAUUUCAUCAUGGGUAACCUGUCGAAGACCUGCACCAGUGAUGGCUGGUCUGAGGUUACCCCUGCUUCCUAUGCACUGAAUUGUGGGUACAACGCCAAUGUCACCAAAGUUGAUGAUGAUGACAAGGAGGAGUUCUACUGGGCAGUGAAAGUAGGCUACACUAUCGGACACAGUCUCUCUCUCAUCUCCCUCACUAUCGCUAUCGUCCUACUCUGCACUUUUAGGAAGUUGCACUGCACCAGAAACUACAUCCACAUGAACCUGUUUGUGGCGUUCAUACUGAAAGCCAUUGCCGUCUUCAUCAAAGAUGUGGUUUUAUACGAGGUCGGGGAGUCCGACUGUCAACCUGAAACUGUGGGAUGUAAGGCAGGGGUUGUCUUCUUCCAGUACGGCAUCAUGACCAGCUACUUCUGGCUAUUGGUCGAAGGCCUCUACGUCCACACCCUAUUGGCUGUCUCCUUCUUCUCCGAGAGGAAGUACUUCUGGUGGUAUAUUCUGAUUGGCUGGGGAGCGCCAACUGUUUUUAUCACAGCUUGGGUUAUUACAAAGGCUUAUUUAAAACACUCUGGGUGUUGGGACAUUAUUAACGACCAUCCCUGGUGGAUCAUCAAGAUGCCAAUAUUACUGACCAUACUGGUCAACUUCAUCCUGUUCAUCUGUAUAAUCCGGAUCCUGCGUCAGAAAAUGAAUUGCAGAGACAUAGGAAGGAAGGAAUCUCAUCAAUACUCGAGGUUGGCUAAAUCCACACUACUGUUGAUACCUCUGUUCGGAAUCAACUACAUCAUCUUUGCCUUCAUCCCUGAAGACAUCAACACGCGAAUCAGGAUGGUCAUUGACCUGAUUCUAGGAUCCUUCCAGGGGUUUGGGGUUGCAGUCCUGUAUUGUUUCCUAAAUGGAGAGGUGCAGGGGGAGGUGAAGCGUAAGUGGCGGCGAUGGCACAUGCAAAGGUUUCUGGGUAAAGGAGACACCAAAUACCAGCAGCCCCAGUAUCUGGGUAGCAACGGUAACAACUUCAGCACCCAGAUCACCAUGUUGACCAGGUGUAGCCCCACCACACGUCGAGCUUCCGACUGCCAGGAACACUUCUCUGCUAUCUGAGCCCAGCUCUGGGUGGUAACAGAGGGCAGAGAAGAGGAGGCAACAGAGAUGAGCUGUACUGAAGCGCUGUUUAUUAUUCAGUCAGCACAGUAGAGACCACCAGCCAACCACACACAACAACAGCAAUGAUAGGCUUAGAUCAGGAAAGCCGCGGACCAAUUUAACACAAUUUAUUUAGCUUGUUUUUUGUUUAAUUUAGGAAAUCAGUUCCCAAGUAUUCAUACAAAAAAAAGACAGACAUCGUGUCUCAAUAUAAUCAAGGUAUGAAAUUAUUGUUAUUUUCAAAAUGUCUUUUUUGGGCUUAGUUGUGGUUGCAGUGUACACAUUUUUACAUGGGGCAGCAGGUAGCCUAGCGGUUAGAGAGAAGCGAGCUAGCAACCGGAGGUUUGCCAAUUCGAAUCCCGGGUCUGACGGGAAAAAUCUGGCAAAAAGUGAGCUGGCAACCGGAGGGUUGCUGGUAUCAACACACUUAACCCCCCACAACAACAGCUCCCCAGGCACUCAGUGUGGCAGCCUCGACACCUCCAAAACCUGUAUACUGUAUGUAUGUACGUAUGUAUGUGUGUCUUUCGGAGGGGUUGGGUUAAAAGCGGAAGUUACAUUUCGGUUAGACGUUGUCUGACCAAUUGACGAAUAAAGUGAUCUAAAGCUUCAUAACAAUGUUCCGUUCCUCCAACCGGCCGCAAUGACAAAAAUCAGCCCGUGGCUAAAUCUAGUCACCUGAUCCCUGGUCUACACUAUGUGUUAUAUCCAAAAACCCUUCCAGUUCAAAUCACCAUUGGAUAUAUCUGUGUGUGUAUUGAGUGUUGUGUUAGUCCGUGUGGCAGGGUUGAAGUCAAUUCCAUUUUAAUUCUAGUCAAUUCAGAAAGUAAAACCAAAUUCCAAAUUUUUAUCAUGGAAAACCAUUCAAGAGAAUUGAAAUGACAGUGUACUUCCUGAAUUAGAAAUGGAAUUGACCCCAACUCUGCUGUGUGACUUGAGAUAAUCGUAACUUUACAUUGGUCUCAUAAGCUAGCUACAGAAGCCUGAUCCCAGAUCUGUAACAUACUGUAUGUGCUUUAGCCAACUUCUUUGUCAUACAUGUUUGACAUGACAACAAAUGAACAUGAACAGAGAAGUUGGCUAACAGAAGAGCAACUGGUUAUCAGCUAUGACUAGGUAUUAGGCUAGGUGUUGGGUAACAGGCUAGGAGCUAGGACUGGGUAACAGGCCAGGAGCUAGGACUGGGUAACAGGUUAUCAGCUAUGACUAGGUAUUAGGCUAGGUGUUGGGUAACAGGCUAGGAGCUAGGACUGGGUAACAGGUUAUCAGCUAUGACUAGGUAUUAGGCUAGGUGCUGGGUAACAGGCUAGGAGCUAGGACUGGGUAACAGGCCAGGAGCUAGGACUGGGUAACAGGUUAUCAGCUAUGACUAGGUAUUAGGCUAGGUGUUGGGUAACAGGCUAGGAGCUAGGACUGGGUAACAGGUUAUCAGCUAUGACUAGGUAUUAGGCUAGGUGCUGGGUAACAGGCUAGGAGCUAGGACUGGGUAACAGGCCAGGAGCUAAGACUAGGUAACAGACUAGGAGCUAGAACUAGGUAACAGACUAGGAGCUAGAACUAGGUAACAGACUAGGAGCUAGGAAUAGGUAACAGACUAGGAGCUAGAACUAGGUAACAGACUAGGAGCUAGGAAUAGGUAACAGACUAGGAGCUAGGACUAGGUAACAGGCUAGGAGUUAGGACUAGGUAACAGGCUAGGAGCUAAGACUAGUUAACAGGCUAGGAGCUAAGACUAGUUAACAGGCUAGGAGCAAGGUAACAGGAUAGGAGCUAGAUAACAGACUAGGAGCUAGCACUGGGAAACAGGCUAGGAGCUAGGACUAGGUAACAGAUUAGGAGCUAGGUAACAGUCUACGACCUAGAUUUAGGUAACAGGGUAGGACUAGGUAAAAGGCAAGGACUAGGUAACAGACUAGGAGCUUGGACUAGGUAACAGGCUAGGAGCUAGGACUAGUUAACAGGCUAGAAGCUAGGUAACAGGCUAGGAGCUAGAUAACAGGCGAUAGGACUAGGUAACAGGCUCGGAGCUCAGUAACAGGAUUUGGUAACAGACUAGGACUAGGUAACAGGCUAGGAGCUGGGUAACAGGCUAUGAGCCAGGGCUAUAGAUAACAGGCUAAGAGCUAGGUAAAAGGCUAGGAGCUAGGACUUGGUAACAGGCUGGACUAGGUAACAGGCUAGGAGCUAGGGCUAGAUAACAGGCUAAGAGCUAGGAUGAGGUAACAGGCUAGGAGCUAGGACUAAGUAAGUGGCUAAGACUAGGUAAACGGCUAGGUAGGUUACGGGCUAGGAGCUAGGUAACAGGCUAGGAGCUAGGACUAGGUAACAGUCUAGGCCUUGGCAAGAGUCUAGGAUCUAGGAGUAAGUAAAAGGCUAGGACUAGGUAGCAGGCUAGGACUAGUUAACAGGCUAAGAGCUAGCACUAGGUAACAGUCUAGGACUUGGUAAGGGUCUAGGAGCUAGGACUAGGCAACAGGCCAGGAGCUGGGACUAUGUAACGAGCUGGGAUUAUGUAACGGGCUAGCACUAUGUAACAGGUUAGGAUCUAGGUAACAGGCUAGGAGCUUGGACUAGGUAACAGGCCAGGACUUGGUAACAGGCAUAUGCUAAGUCUAGGUAACAGGCUAGGACUAGGUAACAGGCUGGGAGCUUGGACUAGGUAACAGGUUAGGAGCAAGAGUGAUUGACCGGCUGUGCUGGCCAGUUCACGUUACUCAACUUUAGAGUUUACACGUUGUCGACGUGGCAGCAUCUACAUUGGAUGGAUCUCAAAGUGAAACGUUAUCCACGUGGUCUAGUCUAUAUUGGAAGCAUCUGGUCUCGUCCCUUAUCUAUCUAGUAUCCAGCUGUCCAUGAUCAACCAUAGACGAAGACACUUUUAUGUACCAGAAUUAUGUUGGGUUGAAACAUAGCUGGAUUACAUUCCAAGAAAAGAAGAUUGAAGCGGCAAUAUGUUUUCAUUGUAAGGCAGAGUCUCUUAGUGCAUAGUUUGAUGUGCAGACAGGUAUUUUUCAGUCUUGCCCUUACAUUCCCCUCAACCCCCCCCCCCUU